UUGAGUGAUGAGCAAGAAGCAGCUGAUGCUGACGAUUUUGUUGAUGCUGAUGAAGAUGAUGAUGGAAAUGGUGAAUUUUUUGUUUUGGAUACGAACAGGGCUGAAAUCAUUGAGGAAGAGGAAAUCACCAUAGUAGGUUGCAAAGGCUCAGAGCAAAUUCAGCUUUCAAAGGCAAAACGAAGCGAGGAAACGUUCGAUCUUACGAAAAUUCUUACCAAUGAUCCUACAACUGCGUCGCUUUCAGUGGAAAAGAAAGAAAAGUAUCGUUUUUUCUUGUUUAAGUGA